CCCUCUCGGCGCACGCGGCCCCCCGCCGGCCACCGAGCUCCGGCCAACGCGGGCGGCCUCCACAGGCGGGCAGCUCCGCCAAGGUCCUAGAGCGGCUCCGUGCGGCCUGGCGCUUCCGCUUCCCGUCCCCGCCCCCGGCGGUCGUCCCCGGGGCGCCUGGGUUCGAGCCCUCUCCCGGUUUGGCGCGGAGCCCGCAUCCCGGGGCCGCCGGCGGCUCGGGCAUCUGCGCCCCGCUGAGGAGCUCCAAAGGGCCCCGGGUGGCGGAGCCGGAGGCGGCCGGCGAGGGCGGUGUACGGGCGAUGGAGCGCGCGGUGGAAUCGUGGAGCCCGGAUCUCCAUGGCCCAGAGGAAGGGGAGCAGCCGAGAGGCGCCCGCACAGGUCUAGGGAGUGAGAAUGUGGAGAUUUCUCAGCCGGAUGAGUUUGAACAUACCCCACAGGAAGAUGACUUGGGGUUCAAGGAAGAGGAAGAUUUGGCCCCAGGUCAUGAAGUAGGAAACUCCUCUCUCAAAUCUGAAGGCAUCCAGCCCUGGGAUGAUUUGUGGGUCCAGGGAGAGGGGCUGGGAAAGCCUCAGCCUCCAGACAGAGGACCCCGGCUCCUGGGAGAACCACGCUGGGGCCAGGCUAGUGAUCGGGCUGCUGUGUGUGGCGAGUGUGGCAAAAGCUUUCGGCAGAUGUCAGAUCUGGUAAAGCACCAGCGGACCCACACAGGAGAGAAACCUUACAAGUGCGGGGUCUGCGGCAAGGGCUUUGGAGAUAGCUCUGCCCGUAUCAAACACCAGCGAACUCAUAGUGGCGAGAAGCCCUACAGAGCCCGGCCACUGGCCCAGGGUCCCCCGAAGAUUCCUCGGCCCCGGAUCCCCGCUGGCGAGCGUCCUACCAUAUGCGGUGAAUGUGGCAAGAGCUUCCGGCAGAGUUCUGACCUGGUGAAGCAUCAGCGGACACACACAGGUGAGAAGCCUUACAAGUGUGGCAUCUGUGGCAAGGGCUUCGGUGACAGUUCUGCCCGCAUAAAGCACCAGCGGACACACCGAGGGGAGCAGAACCCUCGGCCUGUGGUGCCCAGACGGCGGCUACCUCGGGCAGCCACAGCAGCCACGCAGGGACCCAAGGCCCAGGACAAGCCAUAUAUCUGCACUGAUUGUGGCAAAAGAUUUGUGCUCAGCUGCAGCCUCCUGAGCCACCAGCGCAGUCACCUGGGGCCUAAACCCUUUGGCUGCGAUGUGUGUGGGAAGGAGUUUGCUAGGGGUUCAGACCUGGUGAAGCACCUGCGGGUGCACACAGGGGAGAAACCCUACCUGUGCCCCGAGUGUGGCAAGGGCUUUGCUGACAGCUCGGCCCGGGUCAAGCACCUCCGCACCCACAGUGGCGAGAGGCCUCACUCCUGCCCAGAGUGCGACCGUACCUUCCGCCUCAGCUCCACCCUCCUCCGCCACCGCCUCACCCACAUGGAGCCCCAGGACUUUAGCUUCCCAGGCUAUCCCUUGGCUCCCCUGAUCUCCAGCCCACACCCCAGCACAAGCCCACCCCCACCUCCUCUUGGCACCAGCCCUCUGCUGACACCUCGCAGCCCUCCUCACUCCGGUGAUGGCCCCUUCAGCCUGCCUGGCUUAGAGCCAGAGCCUGGAGGCCCCCAGGCUGGGGAGCCACCACCACCACCACUGGCAGGCGACAAGCCCCACAAGUGUCCUGAGUGUGGCAAGGGCUUCCGCCGAAGCUCAGACCUGGUGAAACACCACCGUGUGCACACAGGGGAGAAACCCUACCUCUGCCCUGAAUGUGGCAAGGGUUUUGCCGACAGUUCAGCCCGAGUCAAGCACCUUCGCACCCAUCGUGGUGAACGGGCCCGGCCCCCACCACCAUCCACUCUCCUUCGGCCCCAUAAUCCUGGUCCGGCACCCACAUCCCCUCGACCCCGAGCCCGGGCCCAGCCCUCUGGACCCAGCCAGCCCCAUGUGUGUGGCUUCUGUGGGAAGGAGUUCCCCCGGAGCUCAGAUCUGGUCAAACAUAGGCGCACACACACUGGGGAGAAGCCAUACAAGUGUGCAGAGUGUGGCAAGGGUUUUGGCGACAGCUCUGCCCGGAUCAAGCACCAGCGUGGGCACCUGGUUCUGAGGCCAUUUGGGACAGGGGAUGGUCGGGCAAGGCUCCUCAAGGAGGAACCACCAACAGAACUGGAAUGAUGGGGUCCAGGGAGGGUGGAGGCGAAAGGGAGGGUAUCUGCUUCUUAAGCAGAGAAGAAAGGGCCUGGGAGGUGGUGAGAGGGGAAGAAACGGUAAAAAGUGAAUCAGUAGAAAUGGAGAUCGGAGACAAUGACCUUGAAGCUCAGGAACCUGUCCUGGCUGGGCUCAGUCAGGAUCCUGCCAGUAUGGGCUAUGCUCCCAGCUUUCUGAACACUGCCUGGCACACAGUAGGCACACAAUAAAUACUAGUUGAGUGAAUAAACUGGUCUUCACCUGAGGGCUCUAAAAUAAACCUCAAUUCUGGCUGCCUCUUACCUGUUGAGGACUGACCCUUCCCAGCAUUCCCCCCUGGGAAAACCAGCACCCUGAGCCAGGGUUUGUUUGACCUCAAGCUGCAGCAAUGAGACUUCCAGAGUUUAAGGUGACAGAACAGAGGCAGGGACAUCUUGACCAUCCUUCUGCUGGGUAGAGUAUUGCUGUGAAUUAGGCAGUUGCUCACCCCAACCUCAGGCCACUAGAGGUAGUCUUAGCCAGGAAGGGCACUUCUGGACAGAGCCCAGGCCAAUCUGCCCUUGAGGACCCCAGCCCACCCUAUCACCUGGACACUCAACCUUCGUAGAUUAGAAACAGCAAAAGGAACACUAAUGGUAUCUGGUCUGGAUGCCAAGGCCAGGCCCUUCUGACAGAUGUCAGCACAGAUGAGCUGCCUGAGAGACUGCAGCUAGGAGAGGCCUGCGAGGCCAGGGAAGCCUGAAGGCUCAACAGCCACAUCUCUGUCAGGUUGCCAAUAAACUGCUUCUUGUAUAAGGCCUGGACUUUGUGUGUGUGUGUGUGUGUGUGUGUGUGUGUGUGUGUGUGUGUGUGUGUGUGUGUGU